AUGACCGAGAAGGACAAGGACACCUCUUUGAGGUGCCAUUGGGAUGGAGACUUUGCUACAUGGCCGGACUACGUGAGGAAAGUCCGGCUGGCUUUCGAGAAGACCCGUCGUCGCAGGCGGGCACAGCUAGGACCCGACUUAGUGUCCCAACUGUCGGGCAGGGCAUGGGUUGUCACCCAAGAGAUCGACUACAAGGCAUUGACACAACCCAAUGGAGCCCGCUACCUGAUCACGUUCCUUGAGGAGCGCCUCGCCCGCGUUCCAAUCCCGGAUGCGGGAUCUCAAGCAGAAGCACUACUUCUUCGCCUUCGACGAGUACCAGGAACUUCAAUGGCGACCUGGUGUGCGCAGGUGAGAGAGCAGUAUAGAAAGCUGCAGAGAGCACUUCGCCGUGCUCGAGGAGAUGCGGUGGAGUUCAAGCCUGGUGGAGCUCCGUCGCAAGCUUCCUCGAAACCCCGCUCCAGUCCGGAGCCUGCAGCCGAAGAAGGAACAGAAGAAGAAGAAGCACAACGUGCUGAUGAAGAAGAAGCUGAACCUCGUUCACCUACCAGGCCAUCCUCCUCCAAGGGUGGCAAGUCGAAAGGCAAAGGAGAUGACCUUCGCUCUCCCUCUCGUGGAUCUCGCUCUGAUCCUUCCGACAGUGAAGAUGAACAAAACGACAACUUUUGGGAGGACCUGGACACUGGUUUGCCUGAGGUCCUGCCUAGUGAGUUGCUAGGUUGGAUCAUGCUGCGGAAGUCAUCUUUGAAUGCUGCUCAACGUCUCAACGUUCUCUCCAGCAUAGGAAACUCCCUCAAGGCCGAUGACAUCGAGAAGGGCUUGCGAGGAGCUGAGGACGAACUUCGUCUUGUGGAAAAGGAGAGAGAAGGAAGACCAAAAGGGUCUGGCAAAUCCAAGCAUCGCCCUUCGUUCUGGGUGGAACACCAAGGUGAGUGGGGCUUGCUGCUCACCUCUGAGUGUGAUGAUGAAGACCUCCUGGAAGGUGACAUCCACUGGCUGGGAGGACUACCACAAGACCAAGUCUUUCAGACCACUUCCUGGGAGACUCCUUCGGCACCACCGCCGGCAGUUGAAGAGACGUUUAUGAGUGAUGAUGGAUUCUGGGGAGCUGACCCCUCGAAUCCUGGAGCAUACCUGUGGUGGAACCUUGAGGCCGACGGCGAGUACUACCACUGUGACUCCCAUGGCACGUUUUGGUCAUGGUCUGAGGCCGAUGUUUGGAAUGAUGUGCUCUGGAGCACGCCUGAAGAAUCCAAGCCCAUCGUGGAAGCCUUUGCAGCCUAUGAGGAGAAGAUGCGCUCCUUCCAAGAAAGCCGCAGAGCAUCUGCAGCAAAGAAUGCUUCCCGUGGUUUCUUCCCCAAGGGCAAGUUCAAAGGAAAAUCCAUGUUUGGCAAGAAAGGUGGAAAAGGUAAAGGCUUUGGAACUCGCUUUGCAUCUUCCUCAACCUCCUCAUCAUCCCCUUCGGUGAUGGCAGUGCAAGGCGGUGGCAAGCCUGGUUCACCAGGCUAUCAGGGUUGCUUCAUUUGCGGAGCAAAAGACCAUGACUAUCGCUCCUGCCCCCGACGAUCUCGUCCUGGUGGCAAGGGAGGAAAAGUGUUCAUGGUGGCUGAAGAAGAAGAGCUCAUGGAGACCUUCGCCAAGAGCUCGGCUCAGAGCUCCACGCCAAAGGAGAAGAAGGGUCCGAAAACCAAGGAAGCCUUCACCGAGAAGUACGACACUUCUCGCACGGUCCUGAGCGACCCCAGGGACCCUCGCACCCUUGGCCCGCCGUGCAACGGCCAACACGAGCCGGCACCAGCCUACAAAGGCCCGGUGACAGGGAGCAAUGGACAUGCCAGCUGGGUCGGAUGCCAACGGUGUCAACUACGCUUGAGCUACACCCCGGCGUUCGGGGCAACAGGAUUGCACCGACAAGCAGGGCCGAUUCCUCAAGACACCAAGAAGCAAGUCGAGGAAUUGGGAGAGAAAGCACCAUACAACCCGCUGAUGAAGAGUCAAGCCAUAGGCUUGGAAGGUGCAGAACGCUCCCUCCUGACCAAGCUCGACAGCGUCCGAGCCCGCAAAGCCGCAGCAGGGUAUGGCAACCUCACGCCGACCACCAAUGCCACAUCGAGUCCUCAGAGUCCCGCCAACCAGACUCAGCCGAGUCCGACCGAGGUGGCAAGUCCGACCGACGUGGAGACCCUUGGCACGGUUCCUGGGAGCAAAUCCCGGCGAUCAGAAACAGCACCCGAGGAAGCAGAGUACGAGGAUCGCUCAAACCGUGCAGAAGAGCCCUACAUGUCUGAGAACUCCGAGGGUGACUUGGCUCUUCGUGGUGGCACCUUCAUGAAUUCGAAUGACCAGGUUCCCAAGAAUGAACGGAUGUUCAAGAAUGCCCAAGCUCCACCGAAUGUCAAGGUCCCUCCGAACUUGUUCAAGUCUGACUAUGCCUCCGGCACUAAGGAACAGGAAGCAUUUGAAGAUUCACUUCCUGAGGGACGACAUGAUGGAGAACCUGGCGGAGAAGAUCGCACUAUGACUCCCUUCCCGAAGAAGGAGUUUGCGAUGGUGGUGGAGAGUAUGAAUGAGCUGGUUGAAGAAAGUGAUAUGAUCUUCAAAGCUCAUGGAGGCAUCUCAUCCUUGCAGCAAUGGGACGUGAUGGAACUUUGCUGCGGUCCUCAAAGCCAACUUACAGAAGAAGUUUUGAAAGCUGGAGGACGAGGAGGUCGCAUCGGACUCCACAACAACUGUGACCUCACCAAAGAAGAAGGCGUCGAAAAGGCCCUCGAACUUCUCAAGGCUCAUCGUCCUCGUUGGAUUUGGGCCAGCUUUCCUUGUGGUCCCACGUCAGCAGUUCAAGCCUUGAAUGAAAGGACGCCUGAAGGAAGAGAGAAAAGUGUCUUUAGGAAAAGACAUGCGAGAAAGGUGCUUCGAGGUGGACUUCGAGUACUACAUGAACACCUACGAAUGGAUGGUGAAAUCGUGUGGGAAUGGCCCAGGUUCAACAAAGCCUGGAAACUGCCAGAAGUGCAAGAGUUUUGGCAUGCACUUCAGACGGCUGGCAAGGCCUAUGAGAUCCUGGCUGAUGGCUGCAUGUUUGGUCUCUCCUCACCAGACGGGCCAGUGAAGAAACCCUGGCGCUUCAUGGUGACUCGAGAACACGCCCUAAAAGGUCUUGCUCGGCAGUGUGAUGGAAGUCACCACCAUGUGCCAUGCCUUGGCGCCAAUGCCAGAAACUCUGCCUACUACACCCCACAGCUGUGUCGGGUAGCCGCCCGAGGAAUGCUGCAGACCUCCGAGCUCAUCGGAGGCAUCCAAGAAGUUGAACCUGACCCUUCUGUUUUGGAAAAGCUCACACCUCAAGAACUUCAGCAUCUCAUGGAAUCGGUGUUGAAACUUCAUCGACUGUGCGGCCACCCCAACAACAGAGCUUUGUUGAAGCUUCUCCGAGCUCGAGGAGCCUCUGAAGAGUUGAAAGCGGCUGCACUUCAACUUGCCUGCCCGGAAUGCCAUGAAAGCAAAACUGCCUCUCCGACCGUCAAGGUAUCAUUGGAGAGGGAAGAUGUGAUUUGGAAGACGCUGCAGAUGGAUGCAUUUUUCUUUCGGCAUCGAGGGCAAGUUCAUCAUUUUCUUUUGAUGUUGGAUGAAGCUAGUUCUUUUGCAGUGGUGAAAGAAGUGAAGGUUCAUCCUGCUGAAGAGUCCGAGAACAUCACCACCGCAGAGGUAAUCACCACCCUGGAAGAAAGCUGGAGCCAGAUCUUUGGCUAUCCCUCUCGCUUGAGGUGCGAUGCUGAAGGUGCCUUUCGUGGCACUGAUUUGGCCAUGUGGUGCAGCGAGAGGGGCAUAGACAUGAUCCACGUUCCUGCUGAACAUCAUCAAGCCACAGGAGCUGUUGAGAAGGCCAUCGGUGAGUUGAGAUGGAAGAUGGAAAAGUUCUUGCGCAAUGAACCCAUCGAGCCCAAGAGAGCUGCCUUCGCGAUGACUCAAGCCCACAACCAUGUGACUCGAGUUGGUGGAUAUGCGCCGGCACAAUGGGCCUUCGGCAGAUCCGAAAAUGUGACCAUCAACGUCGCGGCAGCCAGCUCAGAAGGCAUCCCUGGUCAUGAGAUGGCCGAGAACUUGAGACUUCGCAUUGAGGCCCACUGUGAUCAAGUUCGACAUGGCAGUGAACGAGAGCUUCUGAUAGCAAACGCCUCAGGAACAAUGGCCAUGCCUUGGACCUUCUCCAUGAUGAGCAACUCUCUCACCAAGGGCGCUUUUGAAGAUCUCACCUCCUCCAAGGCCGAAAGAUUCGAAGCCAAGAGAAGACAAACCUUUCGCCCACCGGUACCAGAGAGAAAACGCCAGAAGCAACAAGAAGAAGAUGAAGUACAAGAUGAUGCAAUGAGCUCAUCCUCUGAAGAGCUUCUUCCCGAUGAGGUGCAUAUGGAUCCCACUUUGAAAGAAGGAAUGCACCCUGAUGACUCUGAUGACCUAGACAUCGAACGGCUGCUUUCUGAUCCGACCUACAUGCCUCUACAUCCCGUUGUCCCACCAGAUGUGAAAGAGGCAAGAGGAUCUGAUGAUGUCGAGUUCCGGCAGCAGCGAAAACGCCAUGAGCAAGAUGAUCGUCCUCACCAUGCCAAAUUCCCCAAGAAGUACAAGAAUCCAGACUUGGCCAGUGCUGCUGAUUUGAUGAAGACCUUCAUGAUGAAGGGCCAGCUUUGGAACGUGAAGUAUGACCCGGGCUUCGUAGCGGCCAAGAAGAAGCGCCGCCUGAAUCCUGAGAGUCAAGAGCCUGAGCCUGAACUCAUCGAAGAUGAGUCUUGGCACACCUUCCAGCGGCGGCAGGUGCUUGGAAAAAGGCAGAGCGCUAGCAGAGCAUACUUUGUGAUUGUCACCACCUUGGUUUACUUCCCCUUCGGCUGGAGUGGCUGGCAUUCGGGAGGGCUGCCCUGCCACGGCAAGGCCAUCUUCAAGAGUGGCUUCCCUGCCGUGUUCAGCACUGCCAUGGGUGGGGGUGGCCUGCGACAUGCCUCGGUGAUCGCUUGGCCCCAGAGCUGCGGCGGCAGCGGCACCAUCGUGCAGCUGGCGUAUGGCUGCAGCAUCGAGCAUCAGAUCCGUGGGGACUAUAACCCGGCCUUGCGGCAGAGCUUCGAGGCUGCCUACGACCCCAGCAUCCAGCGGUUGCUGAACGUCUUAGCCGAGACGAUUGAUGAGAAGAGCUCCCUCAGCGACAUGCGCCAGGUCUUGGAGCACUUGGACCCCGAGCCGGCCAUCAAGGAGCUCCGGCGAAUUCGGUGCGCGCCGGUGGGCGAUGCCGGAAGACGGUGCGCGCCGGGAGCAAUUCGUUUGGAGCGCUGUCCAGUCGCGCCGGAGCGGCAUCUCGCUGUCCACAGGGAAGCUUUACAAGGUGAUUUGAUCAAUAGGUUUUUGGUUUGUGUGCCCGGCGCAGCCUGGCACAAAAAGCCAGACAGACGGAAGCUGCCUGCUGGAACGUUGGAAAAGCCAGUUUCUCUUUUGGUCGCUGCCUGCAACUCAGAGCUGCGCACUGAGGUUGAUCCACAGUUGCUUACAAACGUUUGGAUAGGCUGGUUGAGGAAAGAGCUGCGCGUAGAGCUGAACUUUUCUCUGGCCGAACAGGCUACCAUUGAGUUUGUCAGCAAGGAUACCGAGGAGCCAUGCUUACCCUUUGCAGAAGCGUUGAUCUCUGCAGCGGAGGAAAAAUUCCAGAUUUCUUCUCCCAGUCCGGAGGUCGUCCAACAGCAGCGCCUGGAUCGCCUCGAGGAAAAAUUCGAGGAAGUUCAGUCAGGCAUUGCAAAGCUACUCAGCCUGCAAGAAGGCAAAGACGGUGCUGGAUUUGCCACGGCUGCCGAAGAGCACCUCCGAGAUACACCAAAGCCGUCACCGAAGCCAAAGCAGAAAGCCCGCUCGGUCAACCCCCCUCCCGGGCUUGCAAAACUGCACACUUAUCCGGGGCUGGACCCAACAAUUGUGGCAGCGGCGCGUCAAGCUGGCGACGAAGAAGAAGAAGAGGUUGCAGACCCCGAGCCCAAUACGGGCGACCCUGUGACGGAUGCGCUGGUGACUUUGACUCAGAUUGUCAAGAACAUGAACAAGAAACCCGAUUCCAAAGCAUCUCUCGAGGAUGCUCUGGACCAAGUCGGCUCCAACGCCGCGUCUGGAUCGGGAGAUGUCUCAACAUCGAUGGGCAGAAAGCAUGCGGCAGCCCGUCGUGCUUUGCACAAGGCCUUCAUGGAAGAUCCGGCUCAGAUCUGGCGCAGCAUCGAAAGCAACAUGUCUCAGGAUUUCAACUUGCAGACCGCGAUGCCAAACGCGACUUCUGCUUUUUCUGCCAGGGGCUGGUGCGAGCACAGGUCAAAGAUCCAGCCCUACAUCCGAACUUGUCGUUGGGUGUGGGGCAUUGCUGGAAUCCUAGACGACUUGCGUUUGAACCUGGUGGACAGGGCAAGAGCACGCGCGGGGCUGCUCCUGGCAGCUGCCGAGCAGGAAAGCUUGGACCAUGGAAGUUUUCUUCUCAGUCAAGAAUUUCUGAUGGAGCCAGCAGUUCCGGUGAGCAGUUUUCAGAAUCACCAUCUUCCCGAGCCAGUGGAAAUGGCAACGACCAGGCUGUUGGAUCCUCGUUGGAUCGAAGCUUUUGCGGAUCGGCUCAAGCAGCUCGAUGCCUAUGUCGAGAUGCGCAAGAAGUUGAACAUCGAGUCUCGCGGAAGCCUAGCUACCAACCAAGAUCUAGGUGCCAACGCCAGCAGUAUUAGAAUUCAAUCCAUCUGGCACUCCAUCACUCGCCAGAUUUUUUGCUCGAAGACUCCGUUUGGGAGCUUCUACCAAGCCAUGUUUACGAAGCCGAGAGGAGGUUUGAAGCAAUCUCCUACGGCGCCACUUUGGCCCAUGCCAUUGCCUUACCAUUUUGGCAGGCAGAGUCUUGACUGUGACGGCGAUGAACUGGCCUUUCGUAAGGCCAUCAACCUUCAGGUUGGUUACCUGAACUUCUUGCAUUUAAACCGGUGCGUGACACCGCCCUGGUGGAUUUGUGGACCACGGCCUUUGACUUCUGGCCAGCAAGAUGUUAUCAGUCGCCUCCGCAGACUCAGUGGUGCUUGGAAAAAAAUGGGCGUCAUCAAGGCAGACGCCAUGGGCCGUGUGGCGGCCAAACAAGAGCGCCAAGAAGAGGUGCUCAGGGAACUGUUGGUUUUUGCCGAAUCUAAUGUGGCUGACGUCAAGAAAUACCAGAAAAGUCGCUGUAGGAUCCAAAAUGGAAAACCUGUCAAUGAGCGCGUAAAGGUUGUCGGCAAGCUGUCAAAGGGUGACAUGACUGGUGCUCAAGUUAUUGUCGCCGAUAGGAUCAAGAUGGAAGGGCGUCCUGUUUUUGACCCACUUCCGUUUUUGGAUGAGAAAUCAAAAAGGCUAUAUGAAGAUCCUCUUUCUUGCGGUAUUGCUCCUAGCAUCCCUGAUUUGUGUCCCCCUCGUGUUCGAGUACACGCCGACCUCGAUGAGAAGGUCAAAUUGUUGCGUUUGCUGGAAUCAACUGGUAGGCUUGGUUUUCGAUCUAAAGCUGACAUUGUCGAGGGUUUUGGCAACGGCUUGUUUUGCGUGCCCAAAAGCACCAAAGUUGACAGACUCAUUUUGGAUGGGAGGCCUGCGAAUUUGCUUCAGUCACCCCCCAACCAAUUCAUCAUGACCAUGGCCUCUCCUAACGCUAUCCUGGGCAUGCAUUUGCUUCCGGGAGAGAAGCUGCUGAUGACUGGAGAUGAUUUAUCGAAUUUUUUCUACACGUUUCGUGUUAAUGAGCGCAGGAUCAGUCGAAACUUUUUGGACUGGAAAAUUCCCAUUUAUGUGGCUAAGGGUUUUUCUUCUUUUCCCGAAGCUCUCCAAGAAGAACCCUAUGUUUACGCUUGUCUUGCUUCAUUGGCUAUGGGUGAUUCAGCUGCGUGCGAGUACGCUCAAACUUCACAUUUGGCUAUGGCAUUACAAUGCGGGGCCCUUCAAUCCCAUGAGCUGUUGACUAUUCAUGGUAAGACCCCUCGUUGCAACACUGUUGGUGGCAUUAUCAUUGAUGACUUUUGUUUGCUGGAGAAGGUUCCCAUUGACUCUUCGGACAGCCCUGAUUCCAACGACCGACGAAGUCGUAUGCACGACAUGUACACCAAAGUUGGCUUGCAAGCACAUCCCGACAAGGGUUUCAGCCAGCAGGAAGUUGCAAGCUUCUGGGGUGCUGACGUGGAUGGUCUCGAAGGUCUAGUCCGCGGUACCUUGAUUCGCGCAGCAUCUUUGGUUUGGGUCACGGCAGAGGCCAAGAACCCUGGCCCUAGAAAAGUUGCUGCUAGGAAAGAAAAAGAUCCUCUUGACCUGGAUAAUGUGGAGCUCAUCCGCCCUCAGACCAACGCGAUUGGCGCAUGGUGGCAUUGGGGCUUUGGGGGACCUUUGGAUCAUAAGGUCUUUGGUGGUCUCUUUGUGGGGGAUCUCAAAGAGGGCUGGGCCCUUCGGCGCUUGGUGACCGAGUUUGCCCGUGAGAUCAACGAUGCCGAAGCCGAUGACACGGCCGGUGGUGAUGACGAGGGUGGGGAAGAAGAGGAGCUGGAAGAUGAUCAGCCCAUUGAAGUUCAUGAAAUGGAGGCCACGGAGGCCCCUGAUCCAGCUCUUGCAGCUGCAGAGACUGCAGCGACGGCCAGUCCUGGUGAACGACCGACUCCACGGGAAAGCGUCUUGGUCCAAAUUGGCCCACGCGCAUUACCUGUCAACAAGUUGAUUGGCCAACCGCCUGCAGAGCCAACCCCGGAGAAGGUGCUGAACAACGCCAACAACUUUCACUCAGUGAAAGUAGAAUCUGAUGGUUAUGAGUGUCGACUUUGCUCUGCGUUUGCACCAGAUUUGAACUUGCUGAAGUCAGUUCCUUGUGUACGGGGUGAUUCUUCAUCAACCUCCAAAAAGAGCAACGCAGGGGCUUUACGUGAGGAGCUAGACAAGCUUAAGAAAUUAAAAGAGUUACAAAAGCUUCAGAACCACUAUGCUUGGUUGCUGGACCAGCAAAAGUCUUCGCGCGGCUUGCCAAAGUCCUUUGUGCCGGCCACCGGUGCAACACCACCUCUUGGUCAGCGCCUCAAACAAGAAGCAUCUGAGGUCAGUAGUGAUGGAAUCUUCUUGCAGUUUCUCAUUUCCCCAGAGAAGACUGAGAAGACCAUCCAUGUGCGCGAGGAGUCUCCACAGUCUGUUGCUACAACUGUGCAGAAGGGUAGCAUUUGGGCACCAACACCUGACUCCGUACUGGCUGAAGAAGCUGCUGUGAAGGCUGAAGAGGCUCCUGCUGAGCAUGAUGGGCCAGCCAUCGAGCAACCUGCAGCUUUGGAAAAGCCAAAGGAGUCAGACCAGGGUACAGAAAUGGUGCCCGUUGAAGUGAAUAGCCAUCAGACAGAAACCAAGCCAGACGCGCCAAAGGAAAAGCUGGGUGAAACUCCCACGGCUGUGAUGGCAGCAGCCACGCCAACAGGUGUGACUGAGGAUCAACCCAAAGCCGAUGAGAGCGCAGAGCCUGGGAAAGGCACUUCACAAAGUGAAGCCAGCCGUGAAGAGCAGCAAGAAAUUGAUGGCCCCAAGGAGGGUACCGAUCACGAUGAUCGUUCCAAAAAGCCUUCACCAACCAUGCCUGUGGCGCCUGAGGGUUUGAAGAAGAUCGAUCCUAUUGGUCCAAAGGAUCAGAUUGCACCCAAAAGCAAGGAAGAGGAAGAACCAAAGGAGCAUGAUCAGCCAGAAGAGGAUCAGCCAGAAGCGGAGGUCAAAGAUGAAAAGAAGACCAGUGCUGAAAAUGAACAGCGCCGCCCGGAAGAGCCCAGAGCUGGCGCCAGCGCAAGGGCAAAAGCAGCUGAGGCAAAGGCUGGCAGGGUUCGCAGGGCAAAGGCAGCGCCCAAGCAAGCAGCGAAAGCAAAGGCAGCGCCUGUGGCUGGAUCAAAGCGUGGACACAAAGACUCCGACUCCAAGUCGAAAGCGUCCAAAAAGAGCUCGGCCUAUCAUGCUGCUGUCAAAGCUGGUCGCGCUGCUGGCAAGUCUGAGGAUGAGUGCAAGGAGCUUGGACGCAUAUGCAGCCGUGGUGUGAACGUGGUGCAGGGGAGCGCUGAGUUGGCUCGGGGCUAG